UGACGUUGCGCCUGCGCAGUGAGGAGGCGGCGGUGCUGGAGUACGAGCGGUGCCGUUGUUAGGGAGCUGCCGCUGCUUGUGGCUCUGUUGUGGGACGAUGCUGAGGAGUAGGGCCCGGGGCCUGGCCCUGAAUCUGUCCCGGGGCCUGCACGGACUGUCAGGCCGCGGCGGGAGGCUCAGCCCGGGCUUGCGGCUGGCAUCAGGUUCGGUGCGGACUGCAGCCACGGUCUCAGCCGGUCUCGGGGAGGGAGUGAGUCCAGAGGCAGGCGCCCGGGAGCAGGAGGCCGUCCACAGCCGCCGAUAUCAAAGCCACAUCCCCAGCAGCCGGCUCCAGAAACUGCUGCUGGCCUCAGGAUCCGCUCUCAUGGCCUUGUACAACCCGUACCGGCACGAUAUGGUGGCUGUACUGGGAGAAACAACAGGGCUACUGGCAAUCCAAAAGCUGCGAGACAGGAUGCAAAACCAUCCUGAGGGAUUCCAGAUUCUGCAGGAGAGGCCUCGGAUCAGCACAACCACCUUGGAUCUGGUCAGCCUGAGAGAGUUACCAGAAGGCACAUUUGGCAGAGAGUACGUCCGCUUUCUUGAUGUGAAUAGGGUCACUCCUGACAGUCGGAUGCCUGUGAAGUUUGUUGACGAUGAGGAACUUGCCUAUGUGAUUCAGCGUUACCGUGAAGUACAUGACUUCAUGCACACACUGUUAGGCAUGCCCACAAACAUACUCGGUGAGGUUGCAGUCAAGUGGUUUGAGGCAGUGCAGACUGGUCUACCUAUGUGUAUUUUGGGAGCUGUAUUUGGUCCUCUCCACCUAUCUGCCAGGAAUAUCCAGGUUUUAGUAACAGACUUAAUCCCGUGGGCUGUACGGUGCGGCAGGACAGCUCAGUGUAUGAUGAACUUCUACUAUGAGAAUCGAUUGGAACAGAGUCUUGAAUCACUCAGAGAAGAGAUUGGAAUAUUACCCCCUCCCACAAUUCAAUCAUAACAUAGACAUAUGGAGAACACGGAGUGAACUUAAUUGUAUAGAAACAGCCUUAUGAUACCCAAAACUUUUAUAUAUGUCAGUAAAGGAGGUCUAGAGCAGAAAUGUUGGACUAUAAAAGGUAGACUGACACUUCCAGCCCCAGCUCUCUUGUUCAGGCAUAACAUCUUCCAGAAACAGUGUAGCCUGAUGACUGUGAGGUGACCUAGUCCCAUCCUCUGGUUUGUCUUGUGAAUACUUAACUAUUAUCUUUUUCAAAUUAUUAUAUAUUAGAUGUGUAUAUAUAAAAAGGUAAGCCUCUGAGCCUACUCUGCCAUUUCAAUAGUGUGACUGAUCUACAUGUUCCUAAUUCAACUUUCCCAUCGAUCCACUUGAGCUAAAAGUAGUCAGAAAUCAUACAUCAUGAGGUUACAGUCCAACAGCUUUUGGAGCCUCACUCCUCCUCCCGGUGUUAGUGAGAGAGGCGGUAUCAGACACAGAAUUUAUAAGUAAAAGAUCACAGGCUCUCACAGAUAAUUUAAACAAACCUAAGAUGCUGUUCAAUCUUCAAUUAAAACCUCCUCACUGAUUAAUGAUUAUGUAUAUGUUAAUCCCCAAAUUCCUUUCAAAUCACUAUCCUGAGGGGACAAAAGGUUUUAUCAGUGUGAAGAAGUGAUAGUUAGUUCAGACAAUGCAUGUUAGGUGUGAGGACUUGUUUGGAAUCUGUUUGCAUUUUGGUUUGCAGUCAGACUGGUUUUAUUUCUAAAGUAGGAAUUUAUAAAAUGGUGUGUGUGUGUGUGUGUGUGUGAGAGAGAGCGCGAAUGAAAAUACAGUGUGGUGGGGUCACCCGUUGUGCAACAUGAACCCAAGAUCCUGAUUGAGGCCGUCCUCAUCGGUAACAAACUUGGUUAUAAGCCUUCCCCUCCCCCCCACAUGUGCAUCUAUGGGGUGAAUUUGUAUUUGCAGAUUCUGUUUUGUUGAAAAAGCAGAGUAUGUAUUUAUAUACAGUCAGUGACAUUUUAUAAAUUCCCACUUCAGAAAUAAAACCAGUCUGACUCCAAACCGAAACACAAACAGAUUCCAAAGAGGGCCACACAUCUAACAUGCAUUGUCAGACCUAAAACGUCACCCCUUCUUUACACGGAUAAAACCUUCAGUUCUCUCAGGGCAGUGACUCGAAAGAAAUUUGGGUGUUUACAUAUGAAUCAAUUAAAACUUUUUAAACUGAUUAAAGAUUUAACAGCAUCUUAGGUUUGUUUAAUAUAUCCUCAUCAGUGGCGUCACCUUUCAGUCUUUUACUGAAAAAUUCUGUGUCUGAUACUACCUCUCUGACUAAUACCUGAAGGAGGAGUGAAGCUCCAAAAAGCUUGAGUUUUCAAAUAAACCUGUUGGACUACAACCUGGUAUUGUGUGAUUUCUGAUCUUAUCCACCCCAGACCAACACCGGCACCUCCAUACCUCAUAAGGAAGACACUCUACCAUCUAAAAGCAAAAUAUCCCCAUUUCUAUAAAGAUGACUGACAUUGUCACCUUCUGCUUAGAUUCUGCUGUAAGCCCAGUCACCUGUGUGUAGCUCAGUGCUGGUUCCCAUACAAUAAAAUACUUACUGAUUUUUC